AUUCAUGAUCAUCUCCGCCACAUUUAACAGGCUUCUCUUUGCGAGAAGUAUAUUUUUUCCAUAUGACAUUUACAAGAGUUUAAAUGUGUUUGUACGGCAAUUUUGUGGGAUCAGGAGAGCGACAUUAAUUGAGUUCACUGAUGUAUGAAAGAUUGCUCCCACAACCGAUCAGUAUUAGUCAACUAAAAAUCUCACAAAAGGUGAUUUAGGAAAAAGAUUUCUUUACUUUAAGAAUACAAGACAAAGACAUUAAAAGCAUGUCACGUCUCGCAAGUUUAAAAUGUACUGAUUAUGGCUUACAAAGGAGAACUUUGGUGAUCACUUCCGUGUUUCUUGCUUUGAGAAAACGCCUUCAGGCUAGCUUACUAUGACAAGUUAAGUCUCGGUUUGACACGGGUGCCUCUCUAUUGAUUCCGAUGUUUGAGUAUCUCUUUCAUCAAUGUGGUACGGAGAGAUGUAAGCGGUAUUGGUCACACAAUCUGGUUGUCUUCGAGAAAUUACUGUUCAGCUCUAUAAAAUGCCAGCGAAAUUGAAACUAGAAAGUAUCGACAAGGACGGCACUCUUCUGGAUCACGCCACACUGUGAGCAGCUGAAGAUAUUAUGGAUAAUGGACCAAGCAUUUCUUCUGAAAAUAAAGUUCGUCUCAAAGUAUGUGCGAUUUUUUCUUCCUGGCGUCGACGAGACAAGAACAUGUUUAAAGCGAUAUAAUUUUCAAGCGUGAUUUUCGGAAAUGACAACUUGUUAUUAAUUAUUCAAAAACUUUUAGUAAUAUGAUACGAACUUGACAGACUUGACAAUAGAAACACAAGAAUGUGUAAUCGAGAUGCCCUUUGAAUGAUCCCGUUCUUGUCGCGGAACCACAAGAUUUCUGUUGUUUUUCAGCCCACAGUUUAAUCUCUGCACUGGUGUUGUCUUCGUCAUUACUUCAUUUUACAGUUCAGUAUUCUCUGUAGGAAAAUGCAUCACAAUUUUCUUGGGCAACCGUCAGGGAGGUGAAUCAAUUGACCCAGACAAGUUGAAAGCUUUGUCGCAUCAUCAGAGCAUCAUGGAUUUCGUUUCAUAUCACGCGGGAUGUGUAAUUGUCUCUGGCUCGAUUUAAACUGAGAUCACCUCCAUAGCUGGUUGAAGCUCAUCCAUAUGAUAACAAUGGCCCCAAGCCACUGCCAUGAGAGAUUCAUCAUUAAGAAACUGAUUCCUCUCAUAGCAGGAUUUUAUCUGGUGGCAGGUGUCAUUAUGAUUGGGGUUGGUGCUCACGUGAUGAGGAACCAAAUAACUCCUGCAAAAAUUUUGACAAGCCUAAGCAUUCAAACAGCACCCAUAUUACUCCUCUGUGCUGGAGUUUGGAGCUUGCUAGUGGCAGUUCUUGGAUUUGUUUUUAUUUGUGAAAAAUCACCUAUUGAGAAUGGAGAAAGGAAACGACUUAAAAUUACAUUCAUAAUCCUUGGUGUGGCAGCCCUUCUUCCGGCAUUUAUUGGUGGUGGAAUUGGUUUAGGUAACAUCAACAAGGUCACAAAUACAUUUGAACCAGACCUAAAGACAAAACUUGAACUGUAUGGAAGGUCAGGGGGCUCCAUGGAGGAUGUUAAUAAAUUACAGAAAGAGUAUAAAUGUUGUGGGGUGAACACCUUUGCUGACUGGCGUAUUACUGUUUGGGGAGGACGUAGAUACGACAAAGUCCCAGAUGCCUGCUGUAAAGAUGAGACGUUUGGAUGUGGUUACUGCUUUUUAGAUGCGGAUAAAACACUUAACAGAAAGGGUUGUGCUUCGAUUGUCGUGGAAAAAGUGAAAAAAUCUUUGCUGACUGUAGGUGUCAUUGGAAUCAUUAUUGGUAUAGUCGAGGUGAUCUUGUGGGUGGUCUUUCUCUGUUCUUGUUGCUGCAAUGCAAAUGGGGAUGAAUAUUUACCACAGCCUUCAACACCUUUGAAGUCUCAGCCCGAACAAAUCACGCUAAGAGACACGCCCAGCUCCAAGGAAAGGGUUGGCUCUGGACAAAGUAAGGUUGUACCUGCUCCAGAGGAAGAUUGCACGCCUUCUCGGCAGGAAGUAUGUACCUCUAGUCCUGGUGCUUCGCACUAUGAACACAAAAGAGAUAAGCCUAGCUCAGAGGGUGGUGCUGCAUCGAGUAGAGAGGAAAGUGAAAAGCCGUCAAAAGAGAAAACCACGUCUUGAUAGAGAUCAUCUGAGGUUUAGGGAGGAGUCGAGAAAUUGUCACUGUAAAUGUUUUAAAGGGAGCAGAAUUAGGUACAGUAAAGUUUUUUCUUUCACCUCUAAUACCGAAAGUUACCCUUUGCCUUAACUACUCGUUUUAUGACGUCCUCCUUUCUGUUUUGUGCUACAAGUCAAGUUUCCUUUGAAUAAACGCUGAAGCGUUCGAUGUAACAGUUUUAUAUUUUUACUCCGCUUACGUUUUCCUUAAAGUAGUUUGCCGCGGCGUGCAGUUAAUUUACAUCUCUGUCGUUAAAAAAGCUACAUGAUAAAAUUUACUUUUUACCGUGUUUCUUAAAUCCCAAAAGUAGCCCAAUUGUGGUCAAUAUACGACGUUGGUAUGGACACCGCCAUUUUGCAAACAUUGAGUAACCUGGCCGCAAAAGAAUGUCGUUCCAGAAUUCAACUAAGAUGACAGAAACAUCAUGCGCGGUUUCGCGUUGUUCGCAAACCGAAACUGCUCUAGUUUUCGCCAAGAAACAUUGCCGGAAGUAUGGCUUUCUGUUUGACUCCUAGAAUUGUUCAAACAGACCGCCAAGAGACUUUAAAAAAAGAGAUUGAGAUUCAGUUUAGUCAAAGGUAAGCGGCUGAUAUAUAGAUCCAAGUGCCUAAAUGGUGGCGUCCAUAGUAGUACUUUAUGCUCAUUUGAAAACAACUUUCAAAAGGUUGAAUUACUCUGAGGUCUUAAAACACGGUCAUUACCGUAGUUUCACGCAGAAUUUUGGAUGGUUGAGAAGGAAAUCGUUUUUUAUACAAAGCAAACUUCUCUUUUGGUCGGACUAUGGGUUAUUUUCUCAAUUGUUGCCGCUAUUUGGUUUACACUACACGCCUGCUAC